ACCGGUCCUCACACACCUGUCCGACCCGGGACCAACCUGCUCACACUCUCAGAGGCUCGUCAGAAGCAACAAGAUGUGGAACGAAAAGAAGCAAAAUCCACCUGCUGACCGGGGUCAGGCUGUCGGCAUCAUCAUCUUCAUCCUCGGUCUGGGAACUCUGCUGCCCUGGAACUUCUUCAUCACGGCUUCUCAGUAUUUCAACGGGCGGCUCACGCAACCCAACGUCACCUCUAACGGCACAUCGGGCGUCACCACUAAGAACUACAACUAUGACAGCUGGAUGGCGUUACUCUCCCAGCUGCCUCUGCUGAUGUUCACCCUGCUCAACUCUUUCCUCUAUCAGCUGGUGAAAGAGCGCCUCCGUGUGGCCUUCAGCCUCAUCACCAUCUUCUUCCUCUUCUGCCUCACCGCCGCUCUGGUCCAAGUCGAGAUGAAGCCGGACACCUUCUUCUCCGUCACCAUGGCGACCAUCUGGUUCAUCAACAUGUGCGGUGCCGUGUUACAGGGAAGUCUCUUCGGUGUGGUGGGUCUCUUCCCGCCUCGUUACAGCACUCUGUUUAUGAGCGGUCAGGGUCUAGCUGGGACCUUCGCUGCUGUCGCUAUGCUCUGCUCCAUCCUCAGUAACGCAGGUGCGACCUCGGAUGCGUUGGGAUACUUCAUCACUCCAUGUGUAGCUACGCUGGUCACUCUGUUCUGUUACCUGCUGCUGCCGCACCUGGAAUUUGCUCGUUUCUAUCUGAACAGAAGUCAGUGUAACAAACAGGAGACGUCAAAGGAGCUCCUCAGUGCAGAUAAAGACAUGGAGGCCAGCGGGAAGUUUAUUGAUGCAGAGGAGAGUCAGGAACGCUUGUCCGUCUUCGCUGUUUUCAAAAAGAUCUGGCUCAUGGCUCUGUGUGUGACUUGUAUUUUCGCCGUCACGCUGGCCGUGUUUCCUGUCAUCACGGUCCGAGUGAAGACCGUCUACGAGGGCAACGCUGCCUGGGAAAAAGUUUUCACCUGCGUUUGCUGCUUCAUCGUUUUCAACGUCAUGGACUUGGCCGGCCGCAGCGCCCCGUCUCUCGUCCAGUGGCCGUCAAAGGAGAGUCUUGCGUUUCCUGCUGCAGUUCUUUCUCGUGUGAUCUUCAUCCCUCUGCUCAUGGUGUGUAACAUCCAUAACUCCAAACUUACCGUCAUCUUCAGCCACGACAGCAUCUUCGUCACCUUCAUGGCCUUGUUCUCCUUCUCCAACGGAUACUUGGCGAGCCUCUGCAUGGCCUACGCUCCACAGUUGGUGCGCUCUAAGGACAUUGAGACCGCCGGCUCUCUGAUGACUUUCUUCCUGGUUCUGGGUCUGGCAGUCGGAGCGUCGCUGUCCUUCCCGCUGGGAUACCUGGUGCUGCCGACCGACACGCAGACGGCCGCGUGA